GGGAAAGGAUUAAUCGUUUUACAUGGACCAAAGUGGUUCCAGCACCGUAGACUGCUGACUCCUGCAUUUCAUAAUGAUAUUUUGAAAUCUUAUGUGUCGCUGAUGGCGGAUUCCACCAAAGUGAUGUUGGAUAAAUGGGAAAAGCGGACAACAAAGGACAAGUCGCUGGAUAUCUUUGACGAUGUUGGCUUGAUGGCUUUAGAUAGCAUGCUGAAAUGCACCUUUAGUUAUCAAAGCAACUGCCAGUACAGCGAGAAUACAUUUCUCAAAGCUAUACGACAGCUCACAUCCAUGGUACAAGAGAGAACGAGGACGUUUCUGUACCACAAUGACCUCAUCUACUGGUUCAGUCCCCAUGGGCGUCGCUUCCGGAAUGCCUGCAGAAUAGUCCAUCGCCAUACAGAGAAGGUGAUCAAGGAGAGGAAGGAGUGGCUCAAGGAUGAGCGAGAGCUUGAAAAGAUCCAGAAGAAGAGGCACUUGGACUUUCUGGAUAUUCUUCUGUGUGCCAAGGAUGAAAAUGGAGAAGGAUUACCUGAUGAAGAUAUACGUGCCGAGGCAGACACUUUCAUGUUUGCGGGUCAUGAUACCACAGGCACUGGGAUCUCCUGGCUCUUAUACUGCAUGGCCCUGCACCCAGAGCACCAGCAGAGAUGCAGGGAAGAGAUCAAGGAGAUUCUGGGAGACAGAGAGACCAUUCAGUGGAAUGACCUUAGUAAUAUGCCCUACACCACCAUGUGCAUUAAAGAGAGCCUCCGCCUUUACCCUCCGGUACCUCAAGUGUAUCGACAACUCAACCAACCAGUCACAUUUUUCGAUGGGAGGACUUUGCCAGAAGGUCUGAUUCUAUCCCUUUUCCUGUGUUCUUUAUAA